AUGGCCAAUAAAAGGGCUAACACGGAGCAGGCCAUGAAGCAUAAGCGACAACGCGAAGUCGGAGGAUCCGUCGGUGGAAAGAGGACCCGCGCGGAAACCAAGGAAAGGCGCCCGAAAGGGGCUCGGCGACCCGAGGCUAGGCGUCCCUAUGACAAGCCUAUGAUCCAUCCUUAUAGAACGGUUCCUCAGCACCCGGUACAUGAGGUUCAAGCGGUCGCUCCGCCUCCGCCCCCGCCGAUCGACGAGCAUGUGGCGAGUGAAGAGACAGGUAAGAACUCUAAGUACUGUCGCUAUCAUAAGUCUUACACUCAUAGUACGGAAGAGUGCUUCUACUUGAAAAAGGUCAUGGAAGGAAUCAUCCAGCAAGGGACCCCGCCUCCUAAUCAGUGGAGGCGAAGGUUAGUAGCACGAGAGGACAAUGAUCCCGCAGUCGCCGCCAAGAGUAGCCGCGGCAAGUGGUCGGCCACUGAGGAGGACAAGGCCCAGUGGCGUCAAAAGCCAGUUAUUAACAUGAUAGUCGGCAAACCGGAGGGCGGCGACUCAGUGAAUACCAGAAAGGCCUGGGCUCGACAACUAUACGUCGGGACAGUAUAUGGGCGUGAAGAAAGCUCGAAGAAAGUGUGCCGAGAGCCGAUCACGUUCACUGACAAAGAUUUGCCCACGGGAGAGACACCGCAUCGAGAUGUGCUGGUCAUAGCGAUGGACGUAAACGGAGUGGUCGUUCGACGAAUCCUGGUCGACACCGGAAGCAGUGUUAACGUGCUAUACCUCGAGACUUUCACAAAGAUGGGAUUAACUCGAGAACAACUGAAUCCAGUCAAGACACCACUCGCCGGUUUCACGGGAGACUUAGUGGAAGCAGAGGGGUCCAUCACCCUGCCGGUGGAGGUCGGCAGCUAUCCCGACAUAUAG